GAGUCCAUUUGCUCACCAUUUGCUAAGUCUAAAAGUGAAGAGGGCAUCAUGAAGCUGAGCCUGUGUCUUCUGGUCAUUCUGGCUGUUUGUUGCUAUGAAGCUAAUGCCAGGGAAGUCUGCGAAGCUAUUGCUCAUGAAAGCAUAAGCUUUUUACUACGGAGUGAGCAAGAAGUGAAGACAGAACUUGAGAUGUACAAUGCAACUCCAGUGGCUGUUGAAGCAAAACUGAAAGUUAAGAGAUGUGUGGACCAGAUGAGCUAUAAAGAGAGAUAUGAUAUAGCAUUAAGAUUGGUAUAUGCUAUAUUGGAAUGUGGUGUGAAUGGAUGGGUACAAAAAUAUUAUCCUGAGAUUGAUUACAUCUUAUAG